AUCUCAUUCACUGGUCAACCUACCUGAUCCAUCACUGUACCUCUCCCUUCCGCCAGGUAAUCGCCGCCAUGAAUCGUCUCCAUCUCCGGUGAUAUUUUCAGCAUCCAUUUUCGUUUUUGCGAGAUCGUGGAGAUUAGGGUGUCAAAGAGCAUCAGGCUAUAAUGCUUCCGUUGCCCGUCGAAGUUAUUUUGCUUCCUCUCGUUCCGUCUCUAGCUCUUUUUCAUGAUGGUUUGGGUUCCCGUCGUCUGAAACAUCUCCAAAAGGGCGAUCGGCGUGGUAAUCUUAGUUAACAUUAGGAUCCCUUUCGAUUAGUAUUUUCCGUUUCCCCGUAUUAGGCUUCUUCUCGCAGGAGACUAGAAUCGCUUGGCGUUUUGAUCGAUCGCUAACAGCUGCCUGUCUGGAACUUUCAGUUGCAUUUGUGAUUGUCCUAAGAGAAGUUCAUUUGUUGCAGGCGCUGACUUUCCUAAUGGACCAAUACCCCCGAGAUGCUGAUGACCUCAGUGACACAAAACAGGGUAUACUUUGUAGUUAUGUAAAUGAAGAUGAUGAUGAAUCUGACAGCGGUGACACUAGUGAUGUUGAGGAGUUCUGCGAAGAACUUAAAGGACAGGAGACUAAACCUGGACAGAAAUGCGAUGCUUCUUCUGAAGAAGUUGAUGAGGAUCUUGGACAUGCUCUGCGGAUAAUUUUCGGAGAGGAACCUCUUUUUCCUGUAAUUUUUUUAUAUUAUUGAUUCAGCUUUGUGUAUUCUACCACUCAGAAAUUAAGGCUUUGAUUGGUUUUAGCUUCUUUGGAUCUUUUUAGGUUGGGGAUGCAGGUUGUGGGUUUUGUUUGUGGUAAAUGUUUUUCAAGGUUUAUUUUUCAGUGAAGAGAAUUUGCUUCUUUUCUGUUCUUCUUUCUUACUCUGUUUCUUUCUUUGUGCUUUAUUAGAUUCCUCCAAACGUGGUGUCUGCCAUGAAAGGUAGUCGUGAGAAACAAGGGAUAUUGCCCAAGAAGCUGACGGUUACAUGGGCCCCUGAUGUUUAUGAUCCUGUGCCAACAAAAGUACUGCCAGCUAGAGGCAAGAAGCAGCAGAAGUCCAAGAAGAAGAGCAAUGAAAACAAGAAGAAAAAUGGAAAGAAGGGGAAGAAGGGCAGCAACUCCUCUCGGUGUGUUGGUGGUGGCAGCAGCUGCGACAAAAAACAGCUCCGAAGGGUUGGUGUGAGUUUUGGUCGCUGUUAUAAAUCACUGGAUGCCCAUGAUACAUUGGUAAACUCCCCUGAUGGCAUUGAGGAUUUUAAAGUUGGUAGUCCUGAUCCCCACUGUGGAAGCAGCUUUCUUAAAAAUUCACACACAAAGAUGCACUACCCCGUUGCAGAAGCUCUGUGAGUUCAUUAUCCUGUCCACAUCAUGAAGAAAGGCAUAGUCCUCCUAGUAUUGUGGAUAAAUAAUUAGAGUGUCUUGUGCAACCUUUAGUUGUCUACUCUGAUGGCUUUAAAACCUUUUUUGUUGACAUGCUUUUAUUCAUUUGCAGCAUCUGAAUUUGGCCUUGUAAAUUAAAUAUUGAAAUGGUGUUUUAUAGUUGGAAACAGUUUAAUCUGUGAAAUAAUAAACUCAUUGAAUAUUA